UUCUACACAUGGCGGACAGUUGACAAUAGUGUAACGGCUUUUUGGCGCUUAGCUGUCCCUUAGCCGUUGAUUUCGCGAGUUUCGUGUCUAUUUGUGUCGUUUUCGCGUUAAAUUCUUCCGGUUUUGUGUUAAGUUUAGUGCUGUGCUGUAUUCCAAGGAAGGGGUUGAUAGAUAUUUUAAAUUACGAAUCAGUGAUUAUUAGUUAAAUUUGUGAUACUUCUGUGCAAUGGGAGGAACUCAAUCGACGCACGAGCCUUUGGAUAGAUCAAGGAGUACUUCGUUCAAACGACAUGCCAGCUGCCGACAUUCUAAGGGCCGCUCCCCUCGUAGGAUGGACCGACUGCGGCGGAGUUUCCGCGACAGUUUCCGCCGCCGCAAGGACCACGUUCCUGAGAGCUCCAAGCCUCAUCAGUGGCAGGCAGAUGAGUCGGCUGUGAAGGCAGGCACCUGCCAGUUCCAUGUCAAGUAUCUCGGAUGUGUUGAAGUUUUUGAGUCAAGGGGAAUGCCUGUGUGCGAAGAAGCGCUUAAAGUUUUACGGAACUCUCGGCGGAGACCUGUCAAAGCUUUACUUCAUGUGUCAAGCGAUGGACUAAGGGUAGUCGAAGAUGAAACCAAGGGACUGAUAGUGGACCAGACGAUAGAGAAGGUAUCGUUCUGUGCGCCAGACAGGAACCAUGAUAAAGGGUUCUCCUACAUCUGCAGGGAUGGGACCACUCGGCGCUGGAUGUGCCACGGGUUCCUGGCGCUCAAGGAGUCUGGUGAGAGGCUAAGUCACGCUGUGGGAUGUGCGUUUGCCGCGUGUUUGGAACGCAAGCUGCGACGAGACAAGGAGUGCGGUGUGACGAUGAGCUUCGACACCAGCAACAACACGUUCACUCGAACUGGCAGCUUCCGACAACCUACUAUCACGGACAGGCUCAGCGAGAAACAGGAGAACAACAAAACCAACUCUGAAGUGCCAGUAGCCACUGUAGCGCCUCAGACGCAGACAACACCUAAGCCUAUCAGCAACCCUCACGCGAUAGAACGACCCCACGCCAACAUAGCCAUGCUACAACGACAAGGCUCCUUCCGCGGCUUUAACCAGCUGAACCAGGCGAGUCCUUUUAAGCGGCAACUCUCGUUGAGGAUCAGUGACUUGCCGAGUAAUUUGGAGCGAACUCGAGCAAUGAGUCUGCAAGUAGAUGACUCAAGAACUCCGGCACUUAUACAUCUGAAAACUCCAGUCAGUCCCAUACCUGAAGUGUCACCUCACAAUGACAAAGCAGACCCUGUCAGUGCCAUGUGUCAACAGCUGUCUCAGGGACUGUCAAUGUUAUCCAACAAUGAUGACUUCCUUAGUUCUCUCAACAAGCAGCCGCCAGUGUCAGACAGUGUUGCAAAAAAUCUGUUUCCAACCAGUUCUACCACACCGGACUUGAAAGCGAACAUGAGCGCCCACAAUGACUCAAUCCUGUCAUCAAUAGACACGCUGAAGCUACAGAACUACAACAACAAUGUGAACAACGUGACCAACAACGCCACCCCUGCCACUGUGUGGUCACCCCCGACAGCUCUGACGCCACCCGCCACCCCUCCUCUGCCAGCCUCACCACUCCCCCCCGUACGCAACCUGCCUCGCCCAGACCAGUGGCUAGGAAAGGUGGCAGCAGUGACUCUCUCUGGCAACUCCCCCGCUAUGAGCAGACGAACACCGAUGUUGUCUCAUCAUCUUCGUGCACAUUCUCUCGGGUCGGCUGAAUCAUAUUACUCGCAUCAAAAUACAAACGGCACAACAGACCCUUUUGACGCUGAGUGGGCAGCUAUAGCGUCGAGAAACGGCCAAUCACAGCACAGCACUAAUCCCUUCCUGACCAACAGCCCCACGAACGGAGCUACGCCGACGACCGCACCUGUUAAAGCUUUCCAAGUACAGAUGUGAGGGCAGGCCUACAGGCAUUAGACAUGUAGCUACUUGUGUUAUCGGUUUUCCGCUCGAUCGUUUCAUUUUAAGCUUCCAAGGUAUGAAAUUUCACAGUUGUGUAUGGUUGAUGAAAUGUUUCUAAUUAAAUAGAAAAGAUUUUACCUUAAGUUUUGCGCAGGUACUAUUCUUUUACUUUUUCGACACAAUUUAAAAGUACUUAAUUUCAUUCCCUAAGUUAUGUAUAAAAUGAAAUGGAAAUUAAAAAAUAAAACUUUUAAAGUUGAAAUGUUAUAUUUGAACAACGGCUUGUAUGUCUUAAGGACAGAUUGUUAUUUAGUCAGUAAGUUGUAGAUUGUAAAAGACGAGAAUGUUGUGAGUUAACAGAUAAAUCUAACGAUGUUGGUAACUAAGAUUUUCACUUUGUUAUCUAUUGAUAUUUAACUAAAAAUUUUAGUAUGUUGUUAUUAUAGUACUCUAUUCCAAAUUCACUUUUCAGUGUGGCUUUUGCAUUAUGUGUUUUUUUUUAGGUAUUUACUGUUACCGAUCUUAUUGUUGUAAAGCUUCAAAUAACUGCUGUAAUAGCUGUUUUGUUCUGAACAAAUUUUGAAUGCAUUAUUUAUUUGAACAAGUUGUUAAACUAGACCUUAUAGCAUUAUACCUCAAUAGCUUGCUCUGCAAUAUUUUCAUUCAAAUCUAGCAGAAAAUUAGUUUCUUCCCAUUUAAGCUAUACUUAAAUUUGAAUUUGACAGAGUACAAUAUAAGUAACAAAUCGAGAUACAUAUCAUGUAUAUUGGAGGUGCUUUCGGUCCAGAAAUACAUUAGAAAUUUUGAACUUAUUAAAUUAUUUUAGUUUUCAUUAUGACUGCCAUUUAUUUAUAUUUAAGUUUAAUUAUUUUGACCUAGAUACCAGGUAUAUUCUUAUACUUUUAUACUAUAUUAAAACUACUAAAUACUCCUAGUCUUAAGUCCGACUAUAUAAAUUGUGGUACUUAAAAAUACAGUAAUGUAUUAAUUUGCCAAAGUAAAACAUAUGCAGUUUUUAUUUUCACUAUACAAAUCAGUCUCAUUUCUAGUUGGUUUUAUAUUUAUACGUAAAAAUAAUGUUAUUUGUAUAUUAAUUGAGGGUUUAAGUGAGGGUUUUCAAAAUUUGCUUCAAAUUAAAUGAUAUUCCCCUCUAACUAAGAUUGUUGAAAAAUACUCUAAUCUAAAAUAUGGUGCCUAAAUCGUCAUGUAGUCUUGUCUGCUAGCGAAUCUUCUUUGAUAAGAAAAGUAGAGCUUUUGAAGCCAACACGUCGUUUAUCUUACCGUGUCUGAAAGCAUGAUCAUACAACCAAAACCAUCAAUGUCGUAUACACUACAUUCCUCGUAGUUUAGGAAAGCAUUUAAAUUGACAAUUUAGUGAAUGAAUUUAGUACUUAAAUACAAUUUUGUUAUUAGUGUUUGGUGUAUUAAAGUAAUUUGUGAUAAUGUAAACUAUUGUAUAUUUUUUAUAAGGAAACUCUGUUGGAUUUAAAAUGUAUAAAUAUUUUAUUUAGUUCGCUAAUAACUAGGAUUUAAGUUUUUAUUUGUAACGUAACGAAUCCACUUAAACUUACGAUAGAAUUUAUUAAUCAGUUGUUGAUGUGAUAUUUAUAUUUUACAGAUGUGUGUACCACAGAGAUACAUAAGUGGUACUUAAAGCUUUGUUUAUUUUCAAUGUUUUCAUUUCAGUCAAAUCCGUCUUAUCUUUGACCAGCGAAAUGAAUAUUGUAGAUACAGAACUUGUCUACUGACUUCACUACUAAAAUUUGCCAAAAAAGGCUGCUUUCCAAUUAAUGGAUUCAGUUACAGUGUCAAUACUUUAGGAAAACCUUGGGAAAAAUUGUGUAAUGAUCUGGAAAAGCAAUUUCAUCCUCUGGCAUACAUUGUAAACAAGUAGUGAAAUAGAAUCAGCCAAAAAGUAAAAACCCAUAUCAAUUCAACUGGAAUGUCUAAGACAAACAAUAGCGAGUUUUCCUUUUUACUAGUUAUAAAUAUUAAUCUAAUGCCAGGUUACUCAAAACUGUAAUUCAAAAUUAAUUGAAGUCUAUGUUGUUUGGUCGGAUAAGAAAGGUUUAUUCUAUUCUAAACAACUGCACAGUAUUUUAGACAGUAUACUGUAAGUGUAACAAUAGUUUAUACAUUUUACGUUUUACAUCCAUUAAGUUUAAGCUUAUAUGUUAAAGUUUACAAAUUGAAUGUCGCUAGUUUGAGUUUGUUAUUCAGGGUAUAAUCACUGCUUAAAUUGACUGUCCUUAAAAACCCCCACCUUAUCUUCAGGCAAAUUACUUGGAUGUAGUAAUAAUGAAUAAUUAAGUGUCUACAGAUACUAUACAGAGCUGUGUUUUAAAGAUAACAAAAGCCAAAGAAAUCGUGUGUAGUAAUUAUGUUAAAAGCUAAAAGGUAUCAGAAGUGGAUUAACUGUGAAAGAAGCUAAUUGUUAUCUUUCAAACACAAAAAUAUUGCUUGAAAUGUGAGUUCAGUUUUAAUAGUUUUUGUUACAUCAAGAAUUUAAAUACUUAUUUCCUAAGUAAUUUUUAACCACAACAAACAACAUGUAGCAUUUAAUUUGCGCUUUCAAACCCAAAACCAUAUCUAGUGAAACCUUUUAAUUCCAUUCGGUUAAAUGUCAUAGUAAGCUUGCUCACUCUAACUUAAAUUUGUCAAAUAUUACAUGAUUUUGUAUAUAUAUGGUAAAUGUUAUUAUAUCGUCAGUAUUCUUUUUGUAAAUAUUAUUUUCUUGUAUAGUUUAUAGUUUUUCUUCAGCUCUUUGUUACAUAUUUAACAUAAUUUGUAAACUUCUAAAUUUUUAAUUGUCAAAAUACACAUGGCCUCUCAGCUCACUUUUAUAAAUUGCUCACACUUUUUUAAAUGUAAUAUUUUAUGGGAAUUCUGCAUUUUUAUAUUUUUUUUAAAAUGCUUUAGUUAUAAAAAGAUACAAGGAAACAUGACUUAUUUUAUAAGUUUUUAUUUCAGUUUGCAUAUUUUAAAAUUCCACAACUAAAAACUUAUAAUUUAUCUUUUUAUGUCUCUUAUACACCUUAUACUCUUAUUUACCUCCGAAAAACGUUAAAACAACUUAACAAAUGUUGAAAUUAUUGACAGUUAGUAAUUAAAUGUGUGUGAUUGAAAAGCAAUAUCUCUUAUUUUCAUGCCAACAAUAAUAAUAUUCCAGACUUUUUGUAUUUUGUUUAAUUAUUUCAAUAAAAUAUAGUUUAAAAUUGUUAACUAAAAAGAAUUGUGACACCAAUUCUACAUCUUUUGUUUGUAUAUUCUAGAAAAUUUUGAUCUUACAAUGAUGCAAAAAAUCAAAAUAUUCAGUGAAAUAUUGGUUUAAUCAGUAUAUAAAAUCUUAGCCACUCUAUUAUGUCCACACUUAUUUCGUAUUAGAACUAAUGCUACAUUCUGGAACAAGCAACAUCCGUUUAAAAAAGGAAUUCUCGACACCCAAAAAGUCUGUCUAUUUAUGAAUCAAAAUUGUUUAUAAGAUUUUAGGUUAACUUAUAAAGAUUAGAAAAUUAGUUUUAUUGUUAAAUACUUUUAUUUCCAUUUACAUAAAGCUAAUUUUUUUACUGUUUGAUAAGAAAUGCAUAUUAUUUUCCCAGUUUUCAAGUACUGUAAUAAAUAACAAUAGAAUUUUAAUUGUAUAAUAUUAGCAACCUUUAAAUUAAACUGUUUCACUACACUGACUUUAUGCGCAACAUAAAACUCAUAGAAAUUUAAUUAAUACAUUCAAUUUAAUUAUAGAAGUGUGGAUACAAGGCACUUAACAAUUUUUACCAAAAAUAACUAAAUGAAAUCCUGGAAAAUACUUGCUUCAGCUUAUUUGCACAAAUACCUAAAUUUUUUAAUUAUACAGUAAUUUUCAUGUAUGUACUUAAUUUUUUGUACAAGUGUUUUACCGUACAGUAUAUUUUUUUGUACUUAGUUUUAAAAGUAUUAAAGAGGAAAUAUAAUUUUUGUGGCAUUUCCAUGUAAUUUUGUCAA